AGGGGAAAUGUGAGAAAUAUAGUGUCUCUCACUCCCAGCGACUGCAGCGGCAGCACCAGCAGCAGCUUGUGAAUGGUCCCCGCCUCUCCGGGGAGUUUCCUCCACGGGGAACUUUUACUUUAUGUGCAGCACCUGUUGUGUCGCCAGUCGGCCGUCUGCGCUCGCCAAACACUCGGAGCCAUCUCAAGACUCCCGUUUCCUUCAGAAAGUUGGACUCGCAACGCUGCAAGUGCCAUUUUUUCCCGGAGUCAGUCGCUAUGUGUUGCCUUACUCGAACGGACUAUCUGUGUUUGCGAGGGAAAGUCGAACACUUUGCAAACAGGCAAACGCAUGUUUCGCGUCUCAGCAGAUCAUAAUUUCCACGUUUGCAACUGUCCUCCUGAACACUCGUGUUUAGACGUACAGGUGUGGGCUUUCUAAGUUAACAGCAAUUAAUGAUUAAGUUUGCGCGGAUGCUCCUCUGGAAACUUUCCACAGAGAAGUUUUCGCUGUAGAAACUCUGGCCGAUCAGGAUUAUGUGGACUUUACUUUACGCGUGCCUCUUACAGAUGUGUCCAAAGUUGGAUACGCGUCUCACGAACAAUAUUUCUGUAUGGUGAUUGAAACAACACAUACUAAGUGCCUAUAAGCACCGACAGCCACCAUUUAUCCAAAUGAUUCCUUUGCUUCUCUUGAUUCUUAUAUCGUCUCUUCAUCAGCAUGAGUCGGUGGCGGAAUCGAGUCACAUCAGUAAGAUUCACCACGCCAGCACGAAACAGCAGAAUGGAGUGCAUGAGUCUCAACACGAAAAGGUCCUCAGUGUCACUGGGGAUGGAACCAUUCAGAGUCCUGACUUCCCCAACACUUAUCCCCGGAAUACAGUUAUAGUGUGGCGGCUGGUGGCAGUCACAGAAAGUUCCAGGAUCCAGCUGACCUUUGAUCCUCGCUUCGGCCUGGAGGACGCUGAGGAUGGCAUUUGCAAGUAUGAUUAUGUGGAGGUGGAGGAACCUGUUGGAGGCUUGGUGUUGGGGCGCUGGUGUGGCUCAGGGACGGUUCCGGGGCCCCAGGUGUCCAAGGGGAACCAGAUCCUGAUCCGCUUCGCCUCAGAUGAAUAUUUUCCCUUGAACCCAGGAUUCUGCAUCCGCUACUCUUUGCUUCAGCAGAGGCCGUCGGAGCCCGAGGCACCUGCAGCGAUGCCUGCAUGGAUGCAUAGUGUGGAUGUUCUGAGUGAAGCAGUAGCUGGAUUCAGCACGAUGGAGGAAGUAAUGAAAUACCUGGAGCCAGAACGCUGGCAGAUGGACAUGGAUGACCUCUACAAGCCUACCUGGCAAGUGGUGGGCAAAUCCUUCUUCCAUCAAAAGAAAACCAGAGGAGUGGUGGACCUGAACCUGCUUCGUGAGGAGGUACGGCUUUACAGUUGCACUCCACGGAACUUUUCUGUCUCGUUGCGUGAGGAGCUGAAAAGGACAGACGCCAUCUUCUGGCCCAGCUGCCUGCUGGUGAAGCGCUGUGGAGGGAACUGCGCAUGCUGCUCUCUCAACUGCUACGAUUGCCAGUGCUCACCCACCAAAGUGGCUAAAAAAUACCAUGAGGUUCUGAUGCUGAAACACAGGGCAGGGGGUCGGGGGCUGCAGAAGACUCUUACGGAUGUCCCCCUGGAGCACCAUGAGGAGUGUAGCUGUGUGUGUAAAAAUGACUCGGACUAAAGCAGUCCUAGGGAGCAACACUGGCCCCCAACAGACUCAACUACGGAAAUAAUCUUGCUAAAUGCAUACAUGAGUGAAAGUUUCACCCUGAUGUUGCAAACUAAUGAAACCCAGUGCUGGGGGUUUUUUUUAAUCCUGACUUCUCUAAACCAGCGGUUUCGUUCGUUUUGGGCUCUAAAAUCCAGAACUCACCCAUGCGAAGGUUUCCACUGGCCCUAUGAUAGCAUGGAAUAUCUGGAAGAAAAUGGACAUGGUCUUUUGCAUCUCUCUGUGUAUGUGGAGGUUUGCAAGGAAUGCGUGUAUGUACAUUCAUCUUUUUCAGCGUGUGAGGGUAUGUAUAGAGCUGUUCGAGAAAUUAGGUAUUCCAGGAUAACUAGAAGUCCUGAAGUGAGUUUAUUACUUGUGGAACAAGUGGAUUUGGCGUGUUCUUUUAUAUAUUUUUUCUUUUACUUUUUUCAGAACUUAAAAAUUUAAAAGGACCUUGAAUAUGCAAUGACUUUAAGCAAUCCAAGGACGAUUUUGAGGUGGCAUGGACUUUCUCCUCAAUAACAUCCCAAAGAAAUGAAUUACACUGUCAUGAACCAGCACUCAGUCUCCAUCUAAUCGCUGAAAUCAGACUUUUUCAUUAAUAAUUCAGAAAGAAUAUUCCAGGAAAUAUAAGAAUGUCCCUUUUUUAAACCCGAGCUGAGUGAUGCAUCUUCUGCUCAACUAUAGACUCUUACGAGAAUGGCUCCUUUUAAGAGAGAACGCUUAAAUACAAUAGGGAAUCUUGUGUAAAUAUAUUUCAGAUUGCGAUUUGUUGACAGAUUUGGUACCAAAAUUUUGGGCAUGUAAGAAUCAUUUUCCCCUUUCAUAAUCACUCUAGUAUUUUCAGUAUUAGUCACUCUUUUUGUAGAGACAUUUAUACUUUUGUGUUGUUUGGAUCGUUGUUUUAAUUGCAUAAGAUUGUUAUUUUGACUGGAGACAAAAUAAAAACUUAGAUUUUCAUGUAAAUAAACUUUUUAGAAGUUAAAGGGACAUAGAACUGCCAGUACCAUAUUCCUCUACCAUUAAACGAUUAACUAAAUUUUUGUGGUUUUUCCAAAUGCUGCUUAAAGCAUUGCUUUGCUCAAGUAAUCUGCAGUUGUCACAAAAUUGCAAAGUACUGCCAGGGAACCCUAUAACCAUGAACUAUUAACUGCCGUCUGACUUCAGUCUUCGAGAGUAUAAUUAUGUAUCUCUGCAUUAAGUCAUUUUCUCAAGCUUUUCCAGAGUAAAAUCACGUGUUGACUUAGCAUUCCUUGAAUAAUGGGCACAUUUAAUUUACUUUUCAUUUGUUUGUGGCACAAAAAAAGCAGUAGAUGACAUGCGAACACUAAACAAUAUAACAAAACAUGACAUUGGUGAAAAAUGAAGACAAUGUGAUUUGCUUGCCAAUUCAGUUUUGAUUGACUGGAAAAGGGAGCUGAGUAAACAAGACAUGCAGCAUUAUUUGCAUUUUUUUUUUAAUCCGACUUAGAUGACCUUUUCCACUGUCAUUUUGUCAGGCUAUUAUUCUUUGAUGUAAUAUUUUUGUGACUUUGUUUUUCAUACUUUGAUCACAGAUUCCUCACACUUGGCAAACCAAUUUAACAAGCCACCUACUGUAAAAAGGCUUUGAGAUCAUCUUUAAAGGAAAAAAGGCUCAUUUUUGUGCGGCCUGACAGAGGGAAUGAGAAUCUGGAUUUUGUUGACGUGUCAUGUAGAAGUGAGAGAAGUGCCUUGAUGUUGUUAAACAGCACACAGAAAUAUAAAGCAUGAAGUUUCUCUCCAUGAGCCUCGUUUAUGGUUCAAAGAAAAAUGUGAAAAUGUGUGCAUCAUUUCGUAUUGACAUCCGAUUCCAAUGUAACCGAAUCUUAAAGGUGAUGCAUGCAUUUUGAGUUUUUAGCUGAUACUUUUAUUGAAGUGAUGCACUCUUAUCAGUUUUGGGUAGGACUUGCAUUUUGUUUAACCAAUGGCAGAUGGGAACGCGUUUCAAAUGAGAAGUUUGGUUAUGCUAAUGGUGCAGCAGAUAUACACGUGAUGUUAAUACUUUGUCCAAGAUCAUUUAUUAUGAUCAAGUGGAGUAGUUGAGCAUGAUGUGAAGACUCUUAAUAUGCAUUAGCACAUGUCCGUUUGCAUUCUAAAGAGACUAGGGCAUUUCGCUGCCACCAUAAAUGCUGAAAAAACGAUGGAUCCAAAUUUACGAGAUUGUCUGGGAACAAAGCAUUUACGUAUUUAACCAGAUGUGAGUAUAUUAGCGUUGGACUGUGGGCUUGGUCUUAUUUAGAUAAUUACAGGGUAGUCGCUCUGUGGUUUUCCAGGAACUGGCUGUGGUUCCUGAGGAAAGUAGUGACCUGACAUCUGAGUGACAUUAAUCAAUGAUGAGGACAGUUCAUUUUUCCUCUGUUUGUGACAUUACGUGAUGCAGUCACGCUUUAGAUUAAUCAAAAAUCUUAAACUAUUGUUCAGAUUCUUCAGAAAUCAUUCUAAUAUGCUAAUUUGGUGCUCAAGAAACAUUUAGUAUGAAUGUUGAAAACAGUGCUGCUUAAUAUUUUUCUUCAAAGCUCUUUGAGUGUAAAGAUUUAAAACACAGCAUUUGAAAUUAAAUUAAAUUAGUUUGUAGCAUUAUUAAACUUUACUGUCACUUUUGAUCAAUUUCAUGCAUAUUUUCUAAUUAAAAGGGUUUUUUUGGUUUUUACAUCUGGAAUUAUUUACCUAUUACAUGAAUUAAAAUUGUUUUACUAGGAAAAGAAAAAUGCCACAGCUCUCCUAUAGUGCCUGGUCUUGCCUGCUGUAUAUGCAUCUGGGAAGCAGUUCAAUCAAUUCCAGAUUUAUACAAACACACAAGCAACAGCAUGCCCACUGAAAAAAAACAUUUGUUUCACAAGUCCAUGCUGUAACUGCAAUAAAAGUAUCGGCUAAAUGUGGUUUGAUUCCCUUUAGCCCUGAAUAUGCAUAACUCUUAAGGCAGGGACUGUAAUCUCUUUCUAGAACAUCCAGUACUUUUGCCACACAAAACAUAGUCAUAUUGUCUCACAUUGUGUGAGUCUUGAUAAGCUUAUUCCAAAGAGGCAGGGAAAAUGCCGUUAUCUCGGAAAUGCUUAAUCUGUCAUGUAUAGUUAGAACAGAUAGAGGGCAAAGUGUAGACUACACUGUAUUUGCUUCUAGACUUUGAAUAAUGCAUGUACUUCAUAGGCACAUAUAUGCAUUCGGGGUCCUGAAAGGUUAAUACAACUGAUGCUUUUUUUCAUAUUCUAACCAAGCUUAUCUAAGUGAGCUUUGACAUUCUAAAGUGUUCCUGUAGACAUGUGGUCAAGGUCACACUCUGUAAUCCACCAUACAUCGCACAUGAUUGAAAAUCACAUAUUUCCCAGGUGAUCUGUAAGGGAUUGCUUAAAUCUCUAGAAGCUGAUGUGAUGUAACAAAUUCAAAUUCGGAAGUGAACUUCCAGUCUUAUUAUAUUAUCAUUAAACUAGAUUUGUAGUUCCAUAUGAUAAAUUGAUUAUUAAUUGAGAUUAAAUCAAUACAUCAAGGUUUUUUUGGUUGUUGUUUUUAUUUUGAAUAACAUUGGUGCUAAAAUAUUUGAAUUUGUAGAUUAAAAUGUCUCUUUAUAGCCAUAUAGUCGCAUGACUGUUUGAAAGCUGUUAUUGCUUUCAUUUAGUAAAGGAGCCAUUAAUAUGACAGUAAUGACAUUUAUAUUUAUAAAAGAUUUUAUAUUUUGAAUAACUGAUAAAUGUUUCUUGAGC